CGCCCGCCAUCUUGAGGUUAGUUCACUAUUGAAGUAGUUGAGUGAUUAUCAAGUCGCCAUUACUCAAAAAUGACUGACCAGCUUUGCAAACUUUUUGUCGGUGGGCUAAACGUGGACACUGACGACGAUGGCGUGCGCAAGCACUUCGAGCAGUAUGGUACUCUCACCGACUGCGUGGUCGUCGUGAACAAGCAACUGCAGCGGUCCCGCUGUUUCGGCUUUGUAACCUACUCUACACCAGAGGAGGCCGACGCGGCAAUGGCGGCCAGGCCGCACACCGUCGACGGCAACGCGGUCGAGGUGAAGCGGGCCGUGGCGAGAGAAGACGCAAACAAGCCAGAGGCUCUUGCAAAAGUGAAGAAAAUCUUCGUUGGCGGCCUGAAGGACGACAUUGAGGAGGAACAUCUGACCGAAUACUUCUCCCACUAUGGUCAAAUCGAGAAGGCCGAAGUCAUCUCGGAGAAGGAGACCGGAAAGAAAAGAGGCUUCGGCUUUGUUUACUUCACCGAUCACGACGCAGCCGACAAGGCUGUUGUGGUGAAGUUCCACACCGUCAAUGGACACAAAGUUGAGGUAAAGAAAGCCCUGACCAAGCAGGAGAUGCAGGCGGCCAACAGAACCGGUAUGUCGCCGAGAGGCAGACCUGGUAGAGGCAUGAGGGGAAAUCAAAAUGGCUACGGCAGCAGGGACUACGGCGGAAACUACAACUACGGAAAUGGCGGAGGCUACAACGGUGGUGGCGGCGGCGGCUAUGGAGGUUACGGCGGACCAUAUGGGGGUGGCUACGGAGACCAGGGAAGUGGCUAUGGAGGUGGAAACGGCUACAAUGAGUUUGGCAGCGGCUAUGGCCAGCAUUCUUCUGGUUAUGGCCCCAUGAAAGGACCACCCUUCGGCGGUCAGAGGAGCGCUGCUCCCUACACCAGAGGCGGUGGUGGCGGCGGAUACCCGAGGGGGGGUUACGGCGGCGGCUACUAAAUAAGACUGCACAAUGGAAAAACCCUCCCCACCCCCUGACCAUAAAUUACAUCCAGCCAGGAUUUGGACGCUCAACUCAAAUUCAGUAACGGGGCGUCUGCCGUGAAAUCCAACAACGGCAGAGAUACGGACACAGAGACCCCCUCCCCCUAAUCAUAAUGAAGACCUCAAAAACCCACACAGGUUGCUACGGUAACCUGGGUAACAUCACCCCGAAAACGAUGGGGGUGAGUCUCCACGCCAACGGGGGGACCGGAGAGUGGUUGUGCCUUCUCCCCCUCAGGAUAAUGGUGCUUGACGAUUUCUGAUCAUCCCAUAGGAAAAGGAAACAUCUGUUGUCUGCCGUGCUUUUUAUGAAUCUACAAUAAAUUAUAUAUUUUUAUACACCAAGA